AAGGAUCUUUCAUAGUGAACUCUGCUCUGAAAAACGAGAAAGCCUCUCCUCUGUGGAAUUGAAAUAAAUAUUUGACAGUUGCCUUGAAUAAAAAUUAAGAAAAAUGUCUGUCAUAGAUCCUUACCAGCACAUUGUGGUGGAGCACCAGUACUCACACAUAUUCACUGUGACAGUAAGGAAAGCCACAAAUGUCACCAAGGGAGCCAUUGGUGACAUGCUUGACACUCCAGACCCCUACGUGGAGCUGUUCAUCCCGACCGCCCCCGACUGCAGGAAGAGAACGAAACAUUUCAACAACGACGUGAACCCCGUGUGGAACGAGACCUUUGAGUUCAUCCUGGACCCCAACCUGGAGAAUGUCCUGGAGGUUACUCUGAUGGAUGCCAACUACGUUAUGGACGAGACUCUUGGCACAUCCACAUUUCCCAUCUCUUCUCUGAAACUGGGAGAAAAGAAGGAGGUCCAGUUGACUUUCAAUGAUGUCACAGAAAUGACUUUGGAAUUGUCUCUUGAAGUAUGCUCUUCCACAGAUCUCCGGUUCAGCAUGGCCCUGUGCGAUGAGGAGAAGAAAUUUCGGCAGCAGAGGAGAGAUAAAAUCAUGCACAGCAUCAAAUCAUUCCUCGGAGAGGAAAACAGCAAGAACUUGACCACUGCCCGUGAUGUCCCAGUCAUAGCGAUCCUGGGCUCGGGAGGUGGAUUUCGUGCCAUGGUGGGGUUUGCUGGAGUUAUGAAAGCACUUUAUGAAUCCGGAGUUUUGGACUGUGCCACUUAUGUUGCUGGGCUCUCUGGAUCCACCUGGUACAUGUCAACUUUGUAUUCACACCCAGACUUUCCAGCCAAGGGCCCAAAAGAGAUCAAUGAAGAGCUGAUGAACUCUGUGAGCCACAACCCCCUCCUGCUGCUCACUCCUCAGAAAGUCAAACGCUACAUCGAAGCCCUGUGGAAUAAGAAGAGUUCAGGGCAGCCUGUCACCUUCACGGAUAUCUUUGGAAUGCUGAUAGGGGAAACACUUAUCCAUGAUAGAAUGGACACCACUUUGAGCAACAUGAAAGAGAAAACCAAUAAUGCCCAGUGUGCUCUGCCACUCUUUACGUGUCUCCAUGUGAAACCAGACGUGUCAGAGCUGAUGUUUGCAGACUGGGUGGAAUUCAGCCCCUAUGAGAUUGGUAUGGCCAAAUAUGGCACUUUUAUGUCUCCUGAUUUGUUUGGCAGCAAGUUUUUCAUGGGGACAGUGGUGAAGAAGUACAGUGAAAAUCCCUUGCAUUUCCUCAUGGGUGUUUGGGGCAGUGCAUUUUCCAUAUUAUUUAACAGAGUGCUUGGUGUCUCCAACUCUCAGAAUAAAGGUCCCACCAUGGAAGAAGAAUUAGAAAAUAUCAGGCUCAAGCACCUCGUAAGCAAUGACAGCUCAGACAGUGAAGAUGAAUCACAGCAUCCAAAAGGCACGGGGAGCACCGAGGCCCGGCGGGAGCAGCAGGAGAGCGGCCAGGAGAGCAGCCAGGAGAGCUGGGUGCAGCGCAUGCUCAUGGCCCUGGUGGGGGACAGUGCCCUCUUCAACACCCGGGAGGGCCGUGCUGGCAAGGUGCACAACUUCAUGCUGGGGCUGAACCUCAACAGCUGCUACCCCCUGUCCCCUCUGGCAGAGCUGCUCACCCAGGAGUCCGUGGAGGAGGACGAGCUCGACGCGGCCGUUGCAGAUCCUGAUGAGUUUGAGAGGAUCUAUGAGCCACUGGAUGUGAAGAGCAAGAAGAUUCACAUUGUGGACAGUGGGCUGACAUUUAACCUGCCAUACCCCCUCAUCCUGAGGCCUCAGAGGGGCGUCGAUCUCAUCAUCUCUUUUGAUUUCUCAGCAAGGCCAAGUGAUUCCAGCCCUCCUUUCAAGGAAAUUCUGCUGGCUGAGAAAUGGGCUCGAAUGAACAAGCUGCCUUUCCCCAAAAUAGACCCCAAUGUGUUUGACAGAGAGGGCCUGAAGGAGUGCUAUGUGUUCAAACCAAAGGACACCUCUUCAGAGAAGGACUGUCCCACCAUAAUCCAUUUUGUCUUGGCCAACAUCGACUUCAGGAAGUACAAAGCUCCAGGAGUUCCCAGGGAAACACAGGAAGAGAAGGAUUUUGCAGACUUUGACAUUUUUGAUGAUCCAAAUACACCUUUCUCUACCUUCAACUUCCAGUAUCCCAACGAGGCUUUCAAGAGGCUCCAUGACCUGAUGGAGUUCAACACCCUCAAUAACAUAGAUGUGAUCAGGGAGGCCGUGCUGGAGAGCAUCGAGUACCGCAAGGAGAACCCGUCGCGCUGCUCGGUGUCCCUGAGCAGUGUGGAGGCCAGGAGGUUCUUCAACAAGAGCCACCUCAACAACAACCACACGUAGAGGCCGUGCCAGGGGCCUGCUCCCGUCCCUCCAGCUGGAGCCACAGCCCCUCCAGCAGCUCCUCACCCGCUCCUCGGCACGUUUCCUUGGGGCUUCUCGAGUUUCAGUGUCAUUUUGUACUGCUGGUUUUUUAAACUAAACACAUUUCAGUGUGCUGGGAUCCUGAUUUUAACAGAUGUGCAAUUAGGGGGGGUUUGUCUCGAGAUCAUCGGGUUCAGGGUCUUUUUUUUUUUUUUUUCCCUCCCUUAUAAAAUUGUAAACAUUGGUUUCUUUUGGGUAAUUCAUUUUUAAUUGAUGUAAACUGGGCGUAGCUUGAAAGGUAGGAUGGGAUUAGAAAGAAAGAUUGAAAUCCACCUUUCUGCUGUUUUAACGACGUCUGUACCACUUAGCAAAACCCCAAGCCUCUUACGUUUUCUUUUUUGAUCCUCCAAAUUGCAUUGCUUGAAUCCUUGAGCUACUGGCACCUGCCUGUUAAAUUGUUGUUAGUUUGUGUAUUCCUGACCAAAAUGUUUAUGCAUAACUUGAGAGUGGCUUUUGCAUUUGACCAUGAUUGAACCAUCACAUUUCUGCAGAGGGACAGUGGGAAUGUUUACUGGGGCUGGAUAAAAUGUGCCCAGGUAAGAAUGUGAAGUAGUUCUUGUCUUAAGGGUUAUUUGAAAUAAUAUUUUUGAGUCCUGUAAAUAAUAAAAGAUGGUGCAGAGCCACAGAUUGUUUCAGUCCCAUCUCAGCAAGUGUUGAGGUAACUCUGCAAACGCAGUGGCAUCUCCAAAGGCUUUAAUUGCUAAAAUCUGUAAGUCCACGGGAAGGGAAGUAAUUAAAAUGCAUUUAUUUUAACAGCCACUGCAUCCCAGAAUCCUGGAAUGGUUUGGGUUGGAUGACCUUAAAGCUCACAUCGUUCCACCCCUUGCCAUGGGCAGGGACACCUCCACUAUCCCAGGUUGCUCUAAGUCUACAUGCAGUGUUCUGUGAUUAAAUAACAUUUUCUGCAUUGAUCAGUAGGUUUUAUUUCUGUUUGAAUUAGUGCAUGUUUAAAAUCAAGCAAGAAAAUGAAAGUAACUUGUCUUAGUGCUGCAUAAUUUAAACAUUUUCCAUGAAUUUCGGAAUACAGGAAGGAACUGGUACCAUUAUAUUAUUGUAAUAUUUUCUUUUUAAUGUUAUAUUUCCCUUUGGGAAUGUAAUAUUUGUAUUUUUUUAUUUUAUAAUAUGUACCUACUCUAUUUUAUGGAAGAGUUUUAUCAUGCUUUAUACAGUUUGUAUUAUCACAGAGUUAUCAGACGAUAAUGAAUAAAACUAUA